AUGAAUAGGAUGAUGCUUAUUUUAUCCGGAUAUCUCGAACAAGAGAGACUUGUAAGGGCACCUCUUUUGUUUCUAUUCAGCAUUGUCGCUCUUCUCCUUGCGCAGAAGCUGCUGCGGUCCUAUCGGCUACGCGCACUCGAACGACUUCAUGAUUGCGGUGAACUGUGCACCGAGACUGAAUUGCGAUAUGAUUUUCUGGGAAUUUCCAAAGCAAUCCAGCUGGCUUCUCACUUUCGAAACCGCACGUCAUUAGCUUAUACAAACGCAUUGUUCACGAAAUAUGGGGAAACGUACGUUUCCAAUGUCAUCGGCCACCGACUCAUAUUUACCUGCAAUGCAGACAACACAAAGCAGAUGUUUUCCGUGGCAUUCGCGGAUUUUGACAGUUCUCCAUUGAGAAAACCUCUAUUCGAGUAUAUCACCCCGCAUGGAAUCUUCACACUUGACGGUCCCGAGUGGAGGAAAAGUCGAGAUCAUUUGCGGAGUCGGUUGUCAAACCUUCGCAAGGUCAUUGAUCUCGACUCGUGCGAACAACAUUUUCAGGCUUUCCUUCGACGGGUUCCUUCCAAAAAUGAGGUGUUUGACGUUCAAUCAUGUACCUUGGCUCUAUCUUUGGACAUGCAGGCUCAAUUCUCUCUUGGUGAAUCCGUUGAUGCACAAAGUUUCAAUCAAUCAGAAGAAAAGAAGCAGUUUGUUGAAGACCUACUGUUUCUCAAGAAACGUAUCGUUCAAGAUGGGUUUCGGGGUCCCCUGCGUCAUUUCUCUCCAAAGGGAAGUUUUCUUCGGUCUUGUCGCAGAGCGCGAGAAUAUGUGACACCCUAUGCCAUGCGGCAAGUCGAGCAACAGAUAAGCAACCAGGAGAAGAAUGACGGAAUACCUCCGACGCCUGAUCAUAAUAAGAGAGAUAAAGAGAUAUCGCAGUGCACCGAUCAGGCUCUGAGCAUUCUCCUUGCAAAUGACAGUAUAAGCACUACUCUUUCGGGUAUGUUCUUUUGUCUAGCCCGAGAUGAUCGCAUCGUAAAGAAACUGCGAACAACUAUCGCCGACACUGUUGGAUCAACUCCCCCAACAUGGGGCCAAUUGGGAAGUUUACAUUAUGUUCGCUGGGUGAUUCACGAAUCAAUGCGACUUUUCCCUGCAGCAGUGCUCAAUGCAAGAGUAGCAAACAAACAUUCUACCUUGCCAACCGGUGGUGGAGCUGAUGGUAGCUUACCGGUUCUCGUGCGCAAGGGAGACAUCGUAGUGUUUUCCACAUGGGCUAGACAUCGUCUAGGGAAAGACUUUGGAGAGAACCCAGAUAAGUUCUAUCCUGAGCGCUGGGAGAAUUUGAGCCCGGAAAUGCCUGGAUUCAUCCCAUUCAACAAGGGCCCGAGAAUCUGUCCAGGACAGCAAUAUGCUUUGGUCGUGUUAACGUACAUUGUAACUCGCGUGUUUCAGACUUUCUCGGCUGUCUCUGACUACAAUACUAAAGAAUGGACAGAAAGGAUUAGUAUGACACUGGAGAACGAAAAUGGGGUUCUUGUGGGGUUAGAAUGA